CCUCCUCUUAGGACUACUACUUCCGUCCUCCUUAGUUAAUGAAAACAAACAUGGCGACUUAUGCACAGGUCGGGAGGUUGUUGGGUGUUUCAGCAAGAUUUUUGCGACCACUGGCCAGCAGUGGCUCUCAGAGCAGUACAAUCUAUUGGCCCUCAAAAGCCACUGGAGUCUCCAACAGAUGGCCACAAAACGCAGUCUGGCUGGUUCCUGGAAGGACCAUGUUUGUGCAGACACAGGACACACCAAAUCCAAACAGUCUGAAGUUUCUGCCUGGGCAGACAGUUUUAGAGGAGGGGACCAUGAAUUUCGCUGGCCCCCGUGAUGCAUUCUGCUCACCAUUAGCCAGACAGUUGUUUAGGAUCGAUGGAGUCAAGAGUGUGUUCCUGGGCCCUGAUUUUAUCACAAUCACAAAGUCCGACGAAACAGUGGAAUGGAAAGUAAUUAAACCCGACGUUUAUGCGGCUAUCAUGGACUUCUAUACUUCUGGGCUUCCAAUUGUGAAUGAAGACAGCAAGCCAAGUGCAGACACAGCGCCAUCAGAGGAUGAUGAUGAAGUAGUUGCUAUGAUCAAAGAGCUGCUGGAUACACGAAUAAGGCCAACAGUGCAGGAGGACGGAGGCGACGUUCUGUAUCGGGGAUUUGACGAUGGGAUUGUUAAACUGAAGCUGCAGGGCGCCUGUACCAGUUGUCCCAGUUCCAUUGUUACUCUGAAGAAUGGAAUCCAAAACAUGCUGCAGUUUUACAUACCUGAGGUUGAAGCAGUUGAAGAGGUAAAAGAGGAUGAGGAAGCGGCUCAAGUUUAAACUACUGAAACCAGAGACGUGUGUCAACAUUCCUCUCUAUACAAUCCACCUCCUUCAAUCAAAGCCAUAGAUGCAAUAAAAGUACUCAGCUCUGAUGACUAAAAUCUCAUUCUCAAUAUUGAUCCAAAUAUUUUCAUUUCAUUUUAUAGUUCUGGUUUGAGGAAUUGAAAGAUACGUUGGACACAAUUCAUAGAAACAGAUUGUACAGUUGAAAUAAUUUGUAUUUAUUCUUUCAUAGUGUUACACGACUUCUGAAUCAGUCAGCAGUCAACGCUGCCUAUAGGCUGAAAAUUUAUAUUGGAUACUUUAUCUUUACAGAAUGUAUGCUGUGUCUAUAUAAAUAAACAUUGCUAAAAUAAG